UGGCGGCACUGCUCAACCCAUCUGCCCUUCCCUGAUGCAGGUGCAGAAGAGGCCGUACAAGGAGUGCGCCGGGGAGAAGGCGCCCAACAUCACCAGCGAGUGCGUCGGCCUGCGGGAGACCUACUUCAACUGCAAAAGGGGCCAGGUUGACAUGCGAGCCCGGAUACGUGGGAACAAGGGGUAUUGAUGGUGUGCAUGUGAACUCCCUUAUCCAGCUGAAACUUGUUAGCCGAAUUGUCACUACAAGACAUCUUGCGUUCUAUAUAUGCUUUUGAUCUCCAAUAGAAUCAUAUGUAUUUUUUUCCCUCGCGAUAGCGUAGAAGAACCAACUCAGCACACGAGUAGAUUCAGUCGAUGAGAGGGUGCAUCGUCUUGUGGAGAAAAGAAAUGUUUGAUCAUAAUGCAGUUUGUCUGCAAUUUUCUGAUAUGGAACAGCAGAACUAUCGCCAAGCAUGUGAGUAGUUUUCACUGUGA